UUUACACUCUCUCUCUACUCCUUUUACUCUUUACUCUCAGGACGCAAUGAGGUUAACAGCAUUGUGCAUAUGUGGGAUCCUGCUGGCCUUCUCAAGCCUCUCUUGGACCUCAGCAGACUCUGAUGAAGGAGACGUCCUGGGGGAUAAUGCAUUUCGACCCUGCGCUGCAACUCUGAGACCUGAGGGGCUGUGCAGACAGGGGCAGGAUGAGAGCACGUGCCCAUAUCUAUUCAGUCUACCGCCGCUGACUCUCCAUUUGCCAAAGCAACUCAGGGAGCUGGAGAAGAUCGUCAAGGAUUUGCAAAAGCUGAAGGACAAUGUGGACCAACUGAGGAAGAUGUGUGCAGAUUGUACAGUAAGCCAAACUGAGAGAGAGUGUGGAAGGCAAAGAGAAAGAGGGCAUGAAAAGCUGAAUGAGGGUACAGAUAGACAUAAGGAUGAGAGAAACUGGCUGAAUGAGAGAAAUCCUAAGAGACCAAAAGAUUUCAGCCAGGAGUGUGGAACAGACAGGGUUAAAGCGAAAAAGACUAUGGAAGGAGAUGGUGACACUGACUCAGAAAAGAGAACAAUUUUGGAAGAGAAAGGGAGAAAGAAAUGGGAAGCAGAGAGAGAGAGCGAUAAAGUGAUCGUAAAAGAAAAUCAGAGAGAAGAAACCCUAAAAGUGGCAGAAAAAGAUGGAAAAACUAAGACAGAGGGGGCAAAACGAAAGGACAAACUGGGGCAGGCCAAGGUGCCAACUGCUGGUGGAAAUGAGAAGAUAGUGGAUAUGGUUAGAAAAAAGGUUGUUGAAAAAAAUAACAGGGAGACAGAGACAGACAGAAAUAAAGACAACAAUGGAAAAGGGAAUUCAAAGGAAGAUCCAGAGGAUACGUUGGAAAAUGGAAAAGAGAGGAAGAUUACAAGUAAUGUAAAAAAUAAGGAGAAAACAGAAGAAAGUGACCAUCACGUGUGGCAAGAUGAAACAGAGACAGAGAAAAACACCCAAACUGAAGAAGACAGGGGCAGUGAUGGAAUAAAGAUGUCUGAGGGCCAUGAUGAGCAUACAAAUCAGGAGCGCGAGCAGCACAGAGAGGAGAGGAAAAAGGAAAUGGAAAAGGGAAUAAAAGUGGAGCGAAAUAAUGAGAAACCAAAACAGACUGAAAGUAUCGGGCAUGUAGAAAAAGAGAAGACUAUAAAAGAGGGGGAGGUGGAGGACGGGGAAACGGGAAUGGAGAUCAAAACAGAAGGAGAAAAAAUGGUCCAGAGUGUGCAGAGAGACAGCGAUGGAGAAUUAGCAUCCAGCAAGGCAACUGAGAGGACAGACUUUGUUUCAAUCAGCCCAACUCCUCAAUCUAUCAUUAGUUUAGCUCCAAGGCAGGAUGCCAUGGACUCAAACGAAGCUAUAACCUUUACAUCAUCUCUUCCAUCUCCUCUUUUGUCCAGCUCAACUUUAGAUUUAAUAACAGAUGUCAAUCAAGGGAUGACAAUAGUUGCUGACGGACUACCAACCCAAAGCACAGGCUUUGGAACAGCAGUUAUUUCUGAGCACCCAAGCCCAGAUGCAGAGGAAGAUUUUAGGGCCACAAGUAGCCCAGCAACAACAGCCACAAUAAACACAUUGGGUGGUCCUGGACAACAGAUAACCAGUGCCACUUCAAGGUUUACUUCUACAACCAGUGCAAGACCUGGUGCAGACUUCCAGGGUCGAGUUAGCUCAACUACAGCAACUACAACCACCACAACUCCCCGUCAGAAUUUAUACACAACUACAUCCCCAGGAGUUGCAGACCGCAGCCGUUGGACAGCUAAAAAGAACAUCAGCUCAAACAGUAAGACUGGUGUGAAACCUCUGCCAGGCCGAGAACCAAAGCCCAGUGAAAAGCAUAAACCUGCAAUUAAGCCUGAAGCAGACCAAAGGCUUAAAAAUCCUAGGAAUGAUCAUAAACCUGUCCGAGCUCCUUUGCCUGACAAAAAAACUAAACUUGACCAAAAGCAAAAGCCUUCUCACCAAAAACCAACAACCGACCCAAAGUCUAAACCUAGCAAAGACCCUAAACAAGUCCAAAUUCCAACACCUGACCAAAGAACUCUACCUAGUCAUUUACCAACUGAUCAAAAUCUGAAAAACAAUCAAAUACCUAAACAUGACCAAGAACAUACAGCUGACCAAAGCCAGUUACCUAUUCAAAAGCCAACAUCUCAAAAACCUCAAACUGUAAGCCCAACUGGUUCUGACAAAGACCUUCAAACUGGCCGAGAGCCUGAAUCUGUUGAAAUCCCAAUUACUUCCCAAAACUCAAAACUUGAGAAAAAACUAGUUCAUCCUCUCAAAUCCGACAAGCCUGACCAACCACAAAAAACUAAACCUGACCAAAGGUCUACAAUAAACCAAUAUUUCCCACCUGUUCAAAAUCCUGAACCUGAAAGAAGUGAAACAACUAGCCUCACGCCAACACCUAACCAAAAGCCUAUAACAGAAUUAAUGGAAUAUGCUGAUGAAAAUCCUUUUUCUGUCAACGACUUAACACCUGAACAAGAGGUUACACCUGGCCGUCCCCUGAUAAAUCCCCCUGAUCAAAAGCCUAAACCCAGCCAGAAAAUCCCUAAAAUAAACCAAAAGCCUAAACCUAACCAAAAACAUCCAGAUCUCACAACAGGCCAAAAGACUAAACCGCAUGUGAAGCCUAAACCUGACCAAAUAGCACAAACCAAUCAAAGGCUUAUAACACCUCAGCUUGACCAAAUACCUGAUCUUAACCCCAAAUAUGUGCCUGACGAAAUUCCUGAAGAAGAAUCCAACAAAACAUCCAAACCAAGGCCUCCACCCAUACGCAGGCCACCAACCAAGUUUACAGUCAGGCCUACAGUCAGACCAGGAGCAAAACCUGUUCAAAGACCCAAUCCAGCAGUGCAACAAAAGCCAAGUCCAAAGACCAAAGCAGUUUUAGAUCCCCUUCAAAUCAACAGGACUAAAUCAGAAGACAUCCAAAACUCUCAAACCGACAUGCCACCUGUAUCAAGCCCUGAAACACAGGUUGCUGAAGUUAGUCAUUCCCCAGGGGACACAGAGUUCAGUUCCAACACUGAAAGAAGUGAAACAACUAGCCUCACGCCAACACCUAACCAAAAGCCUAUAAACGAAUUAAUGGAAUAUGCUGAUGAAAAUCCUUUUUCUGUCAACGACUCAACACCUAACCAAAAGCCUAUAACAGAAUUAAUGGAAUAUGCUGAUGAAAAUCCUUUUUCUGUCAACGACUCAACACCUGAACAAAAGCUUACACCUGGCCGUCCCCUGAUCAAUACCCCUGAUCAAAAGCCUAAACCCAGCCAGAAAAUCCCUAAAAUAAACCAAAAACCUAAACCUAACCAAAAACAUCCAGAUCUCACAACAGGCCAAAAGACUAAACCACAUGUGAAGCCUAAACCUGACCAAAUAGCACAAACCAAUCAAGGGCUUAUAAUACCUCAGCCUGACCAAAUACCUGAUCUUUACCCCAAAUAUGCACCUGACGAAAUUCCUGAAGCAGAAUCCAACAAAACAUCCAAACCGAGGCCUCCACCCAUACUCAGGCCACCAACCAGGCUUACAGUCAGGCCAGGAGCAACACCUGUUCAAAUGCCAAAACCAGCAGUGCAACAAAAGCCAAGUCCAAAGACCAAAGCAGAUUCAGAUCCCCUUCAAACCAGCGGGACUAAAUCAGAAGACAUCCAAAACUCUCAAACCGACAUGCCACCUGCAUUAAGCCCUGGAACACAGAUUGCUGAAGUUAGUCAUUCCCCAGGGGACACAGAGUUCAGUCCCAUCACAAUGCAAACUAUCACUCUGGGUCCAAAGACCUCCAACAGCCUGGACACUGGACGCUUCCUUCGCCUUCACACACUCCCCGAAGGCUUCACGAUGAGCCCAAACAGCAGGAUUACGUCUGAUCUGAGGCCACAAACCACCAGUCAGCCACCAUUGAUCCCAAUGACAACAAGCCCCCAAAAAAACAUCCGUGGGAUCCUUCCAAGUGUUAUCCCUAGCACUAGUCCAGGAUCUACAAAGCCAAAUCAAGGUACUGACUCCCGCUCACAAGCUAUACUUCACAAUGUGGAGGAAACAGCACCCAGACAAACUCCAGAUGCAGACAAAAUGAUGAUUCCAGUCCCUACCCCCAGUGCCCAAACUACCUCCACAAACAGCCCUGACCUCAGGUCAACAACCCCUGCCACCUCUGGCCCCGAGCCCCCAGCUGUUGAGUCUUCCACUCCCAGUGCACGAGAGCUGCGUGUGAAAAUCAACCAGGUGGCUGCUUUCUUCAAGAACAGCCUGAGUCCAAAUGGAAGACCACCGGACAGGCGUACAAAAGAGCACCCAGAGGACAACCAGGGAGGCAGCAGGCCUGACAGCAAACUACCAACACUGAUAACAUCUAAAGUUAACACAGCUAGCGACUGCUCCAACCACCUACUCAGGGGGGAGACAAAAAGCGGAGUGUACCUGGUGACCCCUGACCUCCGCAGCAAAAGCUUCCCUGUCUUCUGCGACAUGGAGCUGGAUGGAGGAGGGUGGACGCUCCUGCAGCGCCGACAGGACGGCAGCGUGAGCUUCAACCGCACCUGGGCUGAGUACCGGUCAGGUUUCGGGGAGCUGGACGGAGGGGAGUUUUGGUUGGGCAACAAUAUGAUCCACCUGCUGACCCGGGACAGGGAUAUGGUGCUGCGGGUGGAGCUGGAGGACUUUAACGGGGUGAUGGAGUAUGCAGAGUACGAACAGUUCAGAGUGGCAAGUGAACGGAUGCGCUACAGACUGACGGUAGGCGGUUACUCGGGUACUGCAGGUGAUGCUCUCCGCUUUAGCAGAAGUUAUGAUCACAACAACAGGGCGUUCACCACGCCGGAUAGGGACCACGACCGCUAUCCAUCCGGGAACUGUGGCGCCUACUACAGCUCCGGCUGGUGGUUUGAUGCCUGCAUGGCUGCAAACCUCAACGGCAGAUACUAUGUGGGGAGUUACAAGGGAGUCCGGGAUGGGAUUUUCUGGGGGACUUGGCAGAACAUAUCUAAUGAGUAUUACCCCACCAAUGACAGACAGUCUUUUAAAACGGUCACAAUGAUGAUCCGACCAAAGGGCUUUACACCAUGAGCUGUGACUGUCCAUGUUUGAAAAGAAACAUAAGGGGUCUAAAUACUAUACUUCAACCAUAAGCUCCUAACAUGCUCCUUACAAUUUAAUAAAACCUAGUAGGCUAUAUCUUCCACACCACACGGUUAUUCUACACUAUUAACACAAUGCUGCCGCCUUGUGGCCUUUGAUUCUGCAAUACUGAUUUGUUUACAGGAUAGCCUAUGACAGUAACUGCGGAUGUACACACGGUAGUACCAGUACAAUGUUAUAGUCCUAAUUACAUAGUAUCUUUUUUUCAUAACCUUUUAAUAUUAAUGUCUUUUUUGAGAGUGGAAUUUGUUUAAUGACAAGAGAGGGAAAUCCUCUUGUGAAGAGUUUUUUUUUCUUCCAGUAAAUAUGACGCGUAUGUAGCAACAGAGUAUGAUAUUUUUAUUGUUGGAGUACUGGAAAGCCUGUUGAUGGUUGACUGAAGCUGUAAGUUGUUUUAUAAUUAAGAUUGUUUUGUUAAGAUAAAUAAAAUUGCUGAAUAUAUGAAUGUG